AUGCCCAUUUUUGCGGGUACCAACUCCAUGAACUGGAAAUGGGAGCUUGACAACAACACUUUUGAUUUGGUCAACGUUUCCCAGUUCAAAAACUACCGGUUUUCCACCAUUUGCGCGUUAUUUCUAGCGGUGGGCCAACAUAUAUUGACGUUAGUCCUCUAUGCUUCUGAUUGUUACACUUGCGUGAGAUUAUUGGCUUAUAACUCCUGGGCCAGUGAGAUCGAGCCAGCGAUUCCGUUCAGUAUUUCUCGAUGGAUCUUUAGCGGGUGUAUUCUCUUAUCGAUCGUGUUGUUGAUAUACGAAUCGAUUUACGGGAUUAAAGUGUGUUUCACGAGAAAUAUCUCGCUAACGUAUACUAAUCAAGUGGCCAAGACGUUGUGGUCGUUGAAAGGAUACUCAUACUUUUGUCUUUACGACCAGAUCACCCCGAAAAAUUUUUUUGAUUACUGUGCGUUUUUCGUAUAUUUCACCAUGAAGAAUUGUAUCAAGUUACUAUUGGCCGAUUCCCCAAGACAGAUCAUUAAUGGGUUGACGAUCUACUCGGUGAUCAAGAACGAUACCGAUCUUAUAGUGUCGUCAUAUCAAUCAUUUAGCAAAGACGGGAUCAAGGAAACUUGGGCGAUUGUGUUCACAAUCAUGGGAUUAUCAUUUAUUAUUUGGUUAAUUUUCGUGAUCCAAUUCUUAACGGCAUUAUUUAUUUCGACGUGUGUGGUCACCAAAAUCAACAAAGAAGGGCUCAAUUUAAAACAAUUUGUGUGCGUGAGAAUCAAUGAAAAAGUCCGUGAAUUAUCAGCCAAUUACCAUAAAGAGUCCCUCAAACAACUUCGAAAAGAAAACUCCAAACUCGGGUUGAAACCUACUCUUCCAUCGUUACCAGAUAACCUCAAUAACGAUAAAUAUCUUUAUAAUAAUAAAAAUUCCUCUAGCACUACUUUGGGGGCCACCACUACCGGCGGGGGAUUCAGCUCCUAUAGAAAAUCCCUUAGAAAAUCAGGUAAUGAUCUAUUACCCCUUAAUCGUAACAAUACUGGGGCUCCUCCACCAUUACCGACCGCCGAUUUGCGACAGAAAAGUUCGAUGAACACUCUUAGCAACCCUCCACAGAAAGCGAUGUCCCCAAUUUAUAACGACGGAAUGUUUGCUAAACCACCACUACGAAACUUGACCAACAAUAGCCUUGUGAGUUCCCAUAAUGGGUUCUAUGGCCAAGAUAAUGAUUCAGGGUUUGUUUCGUCUAGUGAUAACUUGUUGGCCAACCAUAGAACUGGAAGCCAGACAACUAUGAAAACUGGAGGUAGUACAAUCCAGCCAAGGAGGGGGAUGCCAAAACCCUAUCCUUUGGAAUAUUCGACAACUGGUGGUUCUUAUAGAAGUCAAACUCCUCCUCAAGGUGAUAGAUUCAAUAGUAAUUAUACCGGGGGAUCUAACUUUACUGGGGGAUCUAACUUUACUGGGGGACCUAAUUAUACCGGGGGAUCUAACUUUACUGGAGGUCCUAACCCUACUGGUGGUCCUAACCUUACUGGAGGUCCUAAUUACACUGGUGGCUCUAAUCUCACUGGAGGCCCUAAUAGUGACCUUACUGGCGGCUUUAAUAUUACUGGAGGUCCAAGUUAUACUGGAGGUCCUAGCUAUACCGGAGGUUCUAACCUUAUUGGAGGAUCUACCUUUGGUAGAGGAGCUAAUCAUCUUGAUGGUCCUAGUUACACUGAAGGACCUAAUCCUACAGGGGGCUCUACUUUUAAUGGAGGACCUAGGUAUAUCGAUGGUCCUAAUUACACUGGAGGUACUAACUAUACUGGAAAUGCCAAUUAUUCUGAAGGUUUUAAUUAUCCUGGAGGUUCUAACUAUUCUGAAGGUGCUAAUUAUCCUGAAACCAAUUACACUUCCACACUCACUGCAUCAUCCACUUUUAAUAGUGAGGUUGCUCAAUCCCCGCCAUAUCCUUCUAAUCCAUUUAUGUCCCAAUCAGCGAGUGGGACUACAUCUCAAGCAAAUACUCCGGCCCCUUAUCCUACCCAACAAUUCCUGGGGGCGUCUCCAUCUAUGAUGUCUGCAAGAACUAUCACCACAACCACUACUGAACAAAAUCACUUUGGCAACGCUCCAUAUCCGGUAGCAGGAUCUGCCACAUUCUCACCAAUAUCCAAUACCAGCACUAACAAUCAUCAUCAAGGAUUCACCACAACUAAUAAUGUCAGACCAACGGUGACUGGGGAAUCACCAAGAUUGCCAAACAUGGUUGAGCAACAAUCCACGGGAUCUACGUAUCAGAAUAGUCCUAAUUCCAAUUUACCGUACCCUAACGUGAUGGUAUCCCCGCCCACCAGCAGCACCACAAAAGCAUCAACGACUCCGAAAUUGAAUACUAAUCUCGGGCUUCCGGAAAGUAGAAACCAAGGGAUUGUGAGUCCUAAUUCCCGGCUAUUAUUGAUUAAUAAUUUAUACGGUGGAGAGGCUGAUACUGGGGAUACUGGGGUGAGUCCGGUGUUACAGACGUAUAAAGAUAUGGGGUUGGAGGAGUAUUUAGGUAAGAAGAGAUGA